AUGGCCAAGUACGAGACAAGACAUUUUAUCGAUGGCAAGUUCGUCGAAGGGUCGCCGAGCCAGCGAUUCGACGUAAAAAACCCUGUGUCAGGAGAGCUCAUCGCAAGCGUGCCGGCUGCUUCAGAGAAGGAUGUCCAGCUUGCGGUUGAUGCAACCAAAAAGGCCCAACCAGCCUGGGCUGCGUUGGCUGCGAAGGAUCGAGCGAAAGUCUUGAGGAAGUUCGCAGAUCUCAUGGAGCAGAAUGCUGGAUAUCUCGCAGAGCUCGACGCCGUGUGCAUGGGCAAGCCAGUCUCAGCUCAUCGCGGAGAGGUUGAGACGGCUUGUGAUAUCACGAACUUCUUCGCGGGACAGGUCGAACAAGCAUAUGGCCAGUCAGCGCUCAAUGCGCCGAAUCAUCUGAAUAUCUCGCUACGACAGCCUUUCGGUGUGGUUGCUGCGAUUGUGCCUUGGAACUUUCCUACCAUGAUUUGGUGCCAUGAAGUUCCGCCUGCCUGUGGCGCUGGCAAUGCCGUCAUCUUGAAGACGUCAGAGAAGAGUCCUCUUAGCGGUCUUGUACUUGCGGAGCUGGCAUUGAAAGCAGGAUUUCCUCCAGGCAUCGUGAACGUUGUAUCAGGGGCUGGUCCCACGGGUGAGCUGCUCUCGAGCCAUAUGCAGAUCAGGAGAAUCAGCUUCACGGGCUCAACCAGAGCUGGCAGAGCUGUGAUGCAAGCCGCUGCAAAAUCGAACUUGAAGUCGGUCAACCUGGAGCUCGGUGGCAAGUCUCCCUUGAUCGUGUUUGCGGAUGCGGAUCUGGAAGCAGCAGCGGAGUUGGCAACGACGUCAAUCACAUACAACUCAGGCCAAGUCUGCACAGCAUCUUCACGAGCUUACAUCCAAAAAGGGGCUGCGGACGCCUUCAAAAAGCUACUUAUCGCUCGCUUUGAGGCGCUGAAACUUGGGGCCCCAACAGCCGGAGAUACAGACCUCGGACCCCAAGCAGAUGCAGUGCAAGCAAAAGCAGUUGCUCGGUUCCUCGAAGUUGGCAACCAAUACGGGAAGGCUCUGACCGGUGGCAAAGCAUCGAACGUCGGCGAGAACUAUGUGCAGCCGACCAUCUUCUUCAACAUCAAGGACGACAGUCGUAUCAAUGUCGAGGAGGUGUUCGGGCCAGUGCUCGUGCUGCAUGAGUUUGACACAGAAAGCGAAGUGUUGCAGCGGGCGAAUGCAUCAGAGUACGGUCUAUACGCUUCUGUGUUCACAUCGAAUGUCGACACCGCUCUUCGCGUUGCUCGAGGGCUGGAGGCCGGCAACGUUGGCGUCAACUGUACAUCGCCUUUUGACUCGUACGAACUACCAUUUGGUGGCUACAAGGUCUCCGGGAUCGGAAGAUCUAAGGGUUCAAAUGCAGUGCUGUCGUGGCUGGAGGAGAAGUCAGUGUACAUUAGGCAAAAGCCAGGGCAUUAUUGA